AUGUUGCCACAUGUUACUUAUCAAGUCACAUUGCGUUUUGCGUUUGACCAUGUGGUUGGUGUAACCAACUUAAUGGUGUUCUGCCAGCAAGGCACUAUACAUGUGGGCAAUGCACCAGCGAUGUUCCUCCCUGUUCUCACCUCAGGGUCUGCGAGCACUCAGAUUAGGACAUGUCCUUUGCUCUCUGUUCAGCCCAGAAGAGGACUGGUGGAUGAGAAAUUUCAGUUCGCAGUAACAAAUUUAAAGCCAAAUCAAAAAGUGACACUACACUCUCUGCAUCAGUCAGAUGACAGGGAUUUCUGGGAGGCAUUUGGACACUAUGUCAGUGAUGAACAAGGAUCAGUGACAGGGUUCAAAGAUGAAAGUUUGGGAGGCACUUAUGAAGGCAUAGAGCCAUUGGGGUUAGUGUGGAGCAUGAGACCCAUACCAGGAAGUCGACAUGGACUCAGGUUACGUAAGAAGGACAUUUUCAGACCAAUGGAAGUUCACAUUUCAGUAUACAGUGGGCAUCUAUCUCAAGGCUUUAGCCAGCAAGCACCCUUGGCAACCAGUGUCACUGAGCGCUGGUACUUCGCUCCAGGUGUGAAGAGGGUGAACAUCAGGGAGAAUAACGUACGAGGAACAUUAUUCCUACCUCCAGGCCCUGGGCCAUUUCCAGGUGUGUUGGACCUUUGGGGAGCUAGUGAAAGUUUGGUGGAGUACCGUUCUUCUCUGCUUGCAUCUCACGGCUUCGCAUCUAUGGCGCUUGAGUACCUCGCUCCAAACAAUAUGAAGACGGAAGACACUGACGCUUCGUACUUUGAGAAAGCCUACCAGAUCCUAGAGAAUCAUCCAAUGGUACAGAAAGACAAUUUGGCUGUUCUUGGGCUGUGUUUGGGAAGCGCCAUCACACUCAAUAUGGUGUCCUACUCCAAAGUCGUUAAGCCCCAGUGUUGUGUGUGCAUUAGCGGAAGUCAUCUGAUGCCUCUUGAUAACUCCCUCUCUGAACUCUUUGAGGAGCUAAAAAAACAUGCAGAUAAGCAACGUGUGAAUGAGGACAACCAGGUCAUCUACAAAUAUGUCAUCUCAACGCUUCACUGUCAAAGUAUCAAAGUUGAUGUUGGGAGAAUAAAGUGUCCUCUUCUGCUGGUGAAUGGUGAUGAUGAUCAGGCAGUUCCUGUAUUGGAGUCCGCUGAAGAUAUGGAGAUGAUGAUGGAGAAAGCAGGAAAUCGACACUUGCUGGAAGUCCUGACGUAUCCCGACGCGGGUCAUCUGAUCGAACCUCCGUACUCUCCUCACUUCAGAGCAACUAACUUCAAACUGCAGCGGACGAAGGAGAGAGUUGUCAUGCUGUGGGGUGGAAAAACCAAACCGCACGCGCACGCUCAAGAGGACUCAUGGGAGAAGAUACUGUCAUUUCUGUGGCAGCACCUGUCAGCGCCAGUGACUUCAUCCAUUUAAAAGUAAUCAUCUG